CAUUGGCUUGUUUCUUGCUUGUUGCUGAGCCAUGCCCUCCACACAGAUCUAACCAAUCAUGCCUGCAGCAUCAGCAGCCACUGUCAUCUGAGCAGCAUGCUUUGCAAGCAAAGGACUGGAUAAUCCCCCACCAUCGCAGUUGUUUCUGUUUGAAAGCAGGUUAAGGAAGCUUUGGAGGGAGCCUGGGAAGGAUGUGGCUGUAGUAGGCUGCAUCAGUUAAGGGGGUGGUAGAUCUCACAGCGGCGCACAAGGCGUGUAAGCCCAGAAUCCAGAAAAAGCAGCUGCUGCUCACGUCUGAGGGAGCCUGUGGAAGUCUUCUAUCAGCUUCCCACCUCACUCCACUGACAGAUCCCUGGCAGUCUGGAAUUCAGAGAUCAAGGUAGGGUCACCUCACAAAAUCUACGUAUUGAUCCUUCCAGCAGGCUCACACAGGAUAAGCAAUAUGUGGGUUUGAGGAGGCUGCCUGGUCGCUCUGCUCUCCGCUGAUCCCAGACUCCUGAAGAGAAGAACUGCAGGUGCUUGAAUCCAUUUGGACCGGCCGGUGAAGAGCCACUGAGGCAGCAGCGACAGAGCUGGCCAGACUUGCGCAACCUUCACAUGCAGGAACAAAUGAGCCUUUCCCAGGAAGGCUCUGGAAGGUUUUCGGCUGCGAGAAGGCAGAGCACAGAGCAUACAGAUGAGGAGCGUGGCCAGGUGGCUGGAUCUAGGAAAAGGGAGCUGAGCGUGCAGUUUGGGGACAGCGGUGAGAGUGAUGAAGAUCCUGACCCUCCCGAGGACCCGCUGCUGAACUCUCUGCCUGAGCUCUCGGUGCUGGAGCGGCUGGGCCUGCACAGAGUGGCUUUAACCGAGCAGGACGUGGAGGCAGCGUUUACGCACUUAGCACUGGCCUUCCGCUGUGACAUGUUCACCCUGCGGCGGCGGGUGCAGGUGGAGGAGCGGGUGCGGGACGUGGCAGAGGAGAACAUUCAGCAGGAGCUGGAGGAGUGCCGGGCAGCGCUGCAGAGGCUGAGCCUGUCCUGCGUCGACCCCAAGCGCAAGGAGCUGGUCGGGCAGUUGCAGCAAAGCCUGACGGUGCUGGCGGGGUCUGUUGAGCGGGCGACGAGCGCGGCAGAGAAGCUGGGGGCCGUCCAUCAGGAGGCGCGGAUGAGCCGGGCGGCAGAGGUGAUGGUGCAGCAUGUGGAGAACCUGAAGAGGCAUCACUUGCGGGAGCACACGGAGCUGGAGGAAAUGAAGCGGCUGAUCCAGCAGAACUCCCGCAACCGACAGCUGGCUGAGAACAGGGAUGACGGUGAGCAGAGACUGAAACCGCCCCUGAUGCGAACGUUCCAGCAGGCGUCGGCACGUCGGAGAGUCAGCAUCGCAGUCAUUCCCAAGCAGCUCACGCUGUUUCCCAGCCCCGAAAGUGGGCGAGCGCCGGAGGGGGAGGCACCCAAGGUGACGUGGGAGAGCAGUCCUAGCACCGAGAGGGAAACCUGCUGCCUCCAGGAGGACUCCACCGAUGGAUACUUCAUCCUACGCUCAGACUCCUCCAACUCCUUGCACCAAAGCCAUCCACAGGCAGACAGAACUGAGUGUGAGGGGGACAGAGGCCGCUACGCAGAAGGGAGCGAGCCGGAGCUGUGGAGAAGGGGAAGCACCAGCAAGCCCAUGAAAGAGGAACCUGAUGGGGCAUCAGACAGCGGUGGGCUGACGGAGGAGCUGGAGCAGCUUAGUCGGAGGUCCCUAGCAUCUGAGAAAGAGAUCCCCCGGCCGUGGGUCUUUCUGCCCCAGUACUACUGGCUUUUCCUGUGGCUGCUUUUCCUGGGCCUCACCUGCCUGGUUCUGAUGCGGAUUCUGGAGCUGCAGAAACAGCAGCCAGCACCAACCCUCAACUCCUAGCAUGAAAGAGGACUCAGCCUGAGAAACACAAACGUGCCACCCCAGGCUUACUUUUAAAAAAUAAAAUAAUAAAACCCGGA